GAGCAGCUCUGGAGAGUCCGCCGAGUGGGAGGAUCUCAUUCCACUCCCCUGUGCCCAGUUUCAACACACCACACAUCUUGAGUAGUUUAGAUCCAGACCACAGCAAACAAAAGAGGAAAGAGAAGGGGGGAAAAAAAGGUGUGUGGAAGAGGAGAGUGUGUGUUUGUGUAUGUGAGGUUGAGCUUGUUGAGGAGUGUGUGCGUGUAUGUGCGCGCGUGUGUGUGAGUGUGUGUGUGCAUGCCUGCGUGUGUGAAAGAGCGAGCAAGCGUGUGUGUGACAGACUGUGAGAGAGCCGGCGUGUAAUGGCUCCUCUGCCAUAAUACUUGUACAGACAGGAGAGUUGGGAGCAGUUCUUUUGUAGGACUCGAAGGGAAUGGCAAACUGCAUGGUUACCCUGGAAACACCCAUUUAAAGAGAAUGGCUGAGGCUAUUUGCUGCACCCUGGUAAACUGCAACUGUGAGAGUUUCAAGCCAGGGAAGCUGAAGAGGCGGCAAUGUGAGCACUGCAAACACGGAUGGGUAGCGCAUGCACUGAGCAAGCUGAAAGUGCACCACAUGUAUCAGGGCAGCCAGGUGGAGAUAGUCCACUCCAACGUGGUCUUCGACAUCUGCAGCCUGAUGCUGUACGGGACGCAGGCCAUCCCGGUGCGGCUGAAGAUCCUGCUGGACCGGCUCUUCAGCGUGCUCAAGCAGGAGGAGGUCGUCCAGAUCCUCAACGCGCUGGACUGGACUCUGCAGGACUACAUCCGUGGCUAUGUGCUGCAGGACGUUACGGGCAAAGUGCUGGACCGUUGGGCGAUUAUGACCUUCGAGGAAGAAAUAGCUACACUGCAGCAGUUUCUGCGCUUCGGGGAGACCAAGUCGAUCGUUGAGCUAAUGGCUAUUCAGGACAAAGAAGGGCAGGCAGUGGUCGUGCCCAGCACCAGAACCAACUCCGACAUCCGGACCUUCAUCGAGGGCAGCACCCAGCGCAGCCCGAGCCUGCCCAACAAGGUGGAGAAGCUGAGCACCAGCAAUGUGCAUCACUUUGAGAACUUCAUCAACAGCAUGGCCUUCAUGCUGCCCUUUCAGUUCCUGAGCUCAGUCCCAGCCCCGCUGCUUGGCUCCUCCUCCGGCUCUUUCCUCCUGGGGCAGGACCUGAGGCGGGAGCAGCAGUGCAGGACCGAAGAUCCCGCCCCUGUCCCCGCCUCUGCCACUGAGGGCAGCCUGCUGGGUUCCAGCUCCGCCUCCUUCAUCUCAGACAUGGAAAAGGGCGAUAAUCCCCUGGACUCUGCCACGCCUAAAGUGGAGGCUGAGGACUUCCCAACCAGCGACAAUUAUUCGGAUGCCCCCUCCACUCCCUGCACACCCUCCAUGAGCUCUGAUGUCAUGCAGAUGUCUCCCGAGAGCAAGAUGAGAUCCCUGGAGAAGAGCGGCAGUGGGCUCAAGAAAGGCCGCGUCUUCUGCAGCGCCUGUGAAAAGACCUUCUACGACAAGGGCACCUUGAAGAUCCACUACAACGCCGUGCACCUGAAGAUCAAGCACAAGUGCACCAUCGACGGCUGCAACAUGGUCUUCAGCUCCCUGCGCAGCCGCAACCGCCACAGCGCCAACCCCAACCCCCGCCUGCACAUGCCCAUGAACCGCAACAACCGCGACAAGGACCUGAGGGGUGGCCUGUCUGUGGCCAAUUCCCCGGAGAGAGAGAAAAGGCCAGAGUUUGGCGCCGUCCCCGCCGAAGGCCGGACGGGCUCCAGCUACAUCGUCAACAGCGCCGACUCCAAGCUGCAGAGUGGGUUCCCCAGCAUCAGCCAGAGCGGGAUCUUAUUCCCCAACCUGAAGACGGUCCAGCCUGUCCUGCCCUUCUAUCGCAGCCUCGUCACUCCCGCCGAGCUUGCCAACACCCCCGGCGCUCUGCCCUCCCUGCCGCUGAUCUCCUCGUCUGUUCUGGCCAAGCCCGCCGUCACGGAGCCUUCCGCUGACCCCAUACCAAAGAAGAAAUCCCGCAAGUCCAGCAUGCCCAUAAAAAUCGAGAAAGAAGCAGUGGAGUCCGCGGGGGACCUGGAAGGCGAGAGCAGCGCGGACGAGGAGAUCCCCCCGCCGGCGAGGGAGAAGGACGAGUCCGACAGCGGCAGCUACGUUUGCGAGAAGCAGGCGGCGGGCGACAGGGAGGACUGCGGCGUCAUUCAGGCCACGGACCGGGAGAACCCCGCCGCCCUGCCGAGGGCCCUGGACUUCCGGUCGAACACGCCGCACGGCGCCAGCAGGGAGGAGGACGGGCCGCAGCACGCAGACGCCGGGGUGAGGUACACGCUGGAAGGCAGCGUGAUAAUGUGCGCAUCUCCCUUCGACGCCAGCCAGAAAGAGAACCACGGGCUCGCCAGCGCGGCUCUGGGCCUGGAGGCGGACAACUGCUCAGGCACGCAGUCCGGAAACAAAGCCUCCGGUGGCGACCGCGCGGAAACUGACCACAGGGCCACAAACGGAGGACUGUUUAAAAUAUUAACAAACAGCAAGGAGGCCCCGGAGCUGUGCGCGGAGGACUACGAGGACGGCUUCCCGCACACGGAUCCGCAGGCUGUCUGCUCGGACAGGGAGGACCUGCCCCGCCACUGCGAGAUCUGCAGCAAAACCUUCAAAAACCCGUACAGUGUGAAAAUGCACUACCGCAACGUUCACCUGAAAGAAAUGCACAUGUGCACUGUGGACGGCUGCCACGCCGCCUUCCCAUCCAGGAGAAGCAGAGACAGGCACAGUGCAAAUCUGAACCUACACCACAAGCUGUUGACCAAAGACCAUUAUGGAGCACCAAGCACAAUCUACCCCAGCUCUUCUCUUUGCAGAGAUACACCUGUCGACUAUCGCCAGGAUUUCCCCUUAAAGGACCCUGUCGGGCAGACAUCUGUGAUAUUCAAAGGAAACAACAGGAUGGGUUUGGUCUUUCCCAUGAGUAAGACCGCAGAGAGUGGGCUGGAGCCACUCGGGGAGGUGGACAUGACGGACGAGGCCGUGCUGGACCUCAGCACCACCAAGUCGGGGGGCAGCGUGCGCUCCUCUUGGGACUCGGACGGAGGCAGCGAGGAAGGCUUCCCCAUGGAGGACAGCGACGAGAGCUGCGACGGAAUAAGUCUGGCCUCCAAAGAGGGACUGCACCUGAACCUGGCAGAGAGACCCAGCAGCUGCCCCACACAGCACAUGCAGGGCAGCUCCCCAAUCACCUGCCACAUCUGCCAGAAGGUGUACAGCAACAAGGGCACGUUCAGGGCUCACUACAAAACCGUUCACCUCCGGCUGCUGCACAAAUGCAAAGUCCCCGGGUGCGACACCACGUUCUCGUCCGUCAGGAGUCGGAACAGACACAGCCAGAACCCCAACCUGCACAGAAACUUGACUGCAAGCACAGCACAUGAUCAGGAAUAGCCUGAGUGCUUCUUUCAAAUGGGUUGCAAUUGACUUAAUUUGUGCUAUCGACAGCUCAAAUAAAAAUUAUAUUGAUAUAAUCCCUUUCCUUGAGAAAUUGACAUGACAAGAAGAGGUGUUGUGGGUGCUUUUUCCCGAAAUCACCGUGAAGUUAAUAUUUUUGGAGUACACUUUAAUUUCUGUGCAACAUGAAUGGUACAAAAAGCACAUUUCCCCAGAAGUUCACUAAAGUUCAUGUUGAAAGGGGUUUUAUCGAUUUAUCUUUCAGGUACUUCUGGUUGUAUUUUCAUUGAAAAAAGUAAACAACUAACAAUAUCAUGAAACAUGUCAAUUAACUGAGUAACUUGAAACAACCAAACCUACUGGUUACAUUUAAAACAUUUGUAAAAAGAAAAAAAAGAAAAUGAAAUGAAACACAAUUGCAAGUUGAAAGUUGUACUUUUUCCUGAUAAAAUUGGUUUACAUCCACUUUGUCCUGAAUAAAUACUUAAAAUAUUAAGGAAUGACUAUGUGUACAACAUAUUUACUGGGUCAAUGUUGAGUAUUUCUGCAUUUGGAAAAAUAAGCUCUGAAAAAAUAAAUACAGAUCUUUAAACCUGGGAGUAUAUUUUCAAGUACCUCAAGCCUGAUCAGAACACUGGUCUGAUGAGGCCUUUUUUUGUUGAAUUUACAUUCAUGUCUAUCACAGUAAAGCAGCAGUUUGUUUCGUAUUACAUCACAAGGAAAUGUCUACUUCAUAUGUGGCAUCUUAGUCGUUGUCUCCACUUUUUUUAUUUCUAUGCACUUACAAGUAUGUAACGAUCAAGACAUUUCUUGCCUUACAGUAUGUUUCACAUAAGUCCAGGUCUGGUUGCUAUGGGACCCACAGUACCCAUUCUAACCCAGCAUACUUGGUACAAUGUUAUUAUUUUGUUGUGUCCUAAUUGCAUUUCAAUCAGCGGUACUGUGUGAACUGUUUAAAAUGUUCUUGUUAAUUAGUGUUGGCCUGAUCUGAUGUCCACAUUUUCUCGUGAAUUAGAGUAUUGUUUUGAUGGAAGCGGCUGUGAAGUCUUAGGUUUGUGGCAUUUUCAGACUAUGAUCCUUAAAAAAAAGUCUUUGUUGAAAAUGUGUUGUGUACUUGCUAAAUUAUUGUUUGGUAUUUUUUGUAUAGCUUUGUUUUUCUUCCAUCUUAUGUUGUUGCUAAAACCUAAAGUUGACCAAAGAUUUAUCUCUGAUGAGGUGUUUAAAAAUCCUUGUACAUGGGGUAAUCAGUAUUAAACAGCAGUUUUAGAUCAUUUGAGAUGUUUUCAAGCCGUCAGUAAGUGUAUCAAGGCUAAACAGUGCUUGAACUUGGGCUCUGUUCAAAAAGCUAUAAAUUGUGUUAUUUAAAGAAUUGUAUAUUUUUCCAGUUCUUUGUGUAAACAAAUUUGAUGUUGCCAUUUUUGUCAACUCAAGCCAUGAAAUAUAACCAUGUAAAUAUGCUGCUUGCUUGUCUUUUCAUUGCGGACAUUUGAACAAUGAUGAUCUGGAGUGUUCAAUCUAAUACGAAAAAGGUGCUCAAUGUGGGUGUAGGUUUUUUGUUUCAGCCCAGCAGUAAUACACCCGAUUCAGCUGAUCAACUAAUCAAGGUCUUCAAUCAAGACCUUGGCAAGUAGAAUCAGGUGUCAUAGUGCUGGGCUAAAACAAAAAUCAACAUCCACACCGGCCCUUUUCGGAGAAGAUUGCACACCCCUGGUAUAGAUGUUUUUGAUUAAUUGAGCAUUAAAAGCUGUUGGUGUAAAAUUAACAGGACACAACACUUAAAACAAGGUACUGUAAAAAAAAAAAAAAAAAGUCUUACACUGACAAAGAGACAAUGAAAGCUAUGAACAGAGCCCAACAUCAAAAUCUAGUCACAAAAGAUCUGUACUAUGUUUAUUUAAUUGUAUAUUUUGUGAAUAGAAACAUUUGUACUCUUAAAGAAACCAAAAAAACUUAACACUGUAUCUGGCUUUAUAUUGGAUGUAUCAUCUAUUUGCAUCUAUGGUAAUUAAUUUACAGGAUGGUCAAAACACAUUUCUCAAACUAGUGUUCUAUUAUGCUUCACUUGUUUGUUUCUCAGUGUGCUUUUGUAACUUUGUUUUAUUACGCAUAUAAUUAAAAAUGUGCUAUAUUACCAUUUCUUUGUCAUGCUAUGAGUUUUUGUAAUAACAAGCUACAACAUUAAUAAACAUCCAUAUUUUUUGA